AUGGAUUAUUAUAGUUACCGCAUAUUUGAACGUCGUUCAGAAUAUUCCACCAUAUUAAGAGCCGGAAAACUAUUUCAAGAAUUUUUGGUUGAUGCAUGGGCCGCUACAGAACAGAGUAAACUUGCAUGGCUCAGAUUCCACCAACCGACUUUGCGUUCGGAUUGUUACAGUUGCAUCACAGAUAUGACAAAUGAUGAUUUGAAUCCGGGGGAUAGAUGUAAUCCUUUUAUUUUACCAUAUUCACAUACUGGAAGCGGAAGGCAUAUGCAUGAGAUAUAUCAGGAUUCAAUGGCGAUUACACGUUUUCAUCACCAUCCCGAUAUUUUUCUUACAAUGACAGCUAAUCCUACUUGGCCGGAAAUAAGAAAUGCACUUUUUCCACGUCAAACUGCACUUGAUCGUCCUGAUCUGGUGGCUCGCGUUUUUGAGCUUAAAAAAAAAGCUCUGAUGAAAGAAAUAAAGGAAAAAAAGGUUUUCGAUACAGUUAUUGCCCAUGUUUAUACCAUCGAGUUUCAGAAACGAGGAUUACCGCACAUGCAUUGUCUUAUAUCUUUAAAAGAUUCCGAAAAAAUUCGUACGUCAGACAUGGUUGAUAAAUUUGUUUCCGCUGAAUUUCCGGAUGAGAAAAAUGACCCCAUACUAUUUGACACGGUCAGCAAGUGUAUGGUUCACGGUCCAUGUGGAGAUCGAGAUCCGGGUGCAUCGUGUAUGGCAAAAAGAAAAUGUACCAAAGGAUAUCCAAAGAAUUACACAGACACAACAACUUUGGAUGAGGGUGGGUAUCCAAGUUAUCGUCGGCGUCGGGAUGGAAGAGAAGUAACGGUCAGAAAUAACAAAAAGGCAUAUAAUAUUUAUGUUGUUCCCUAUAAUCCACAUCUAUCAAGAAUGUUCAAUUGCCACAUCAAUGUGGAAAUAUGUGCGGGCAUAAGAGCGGUUAAAUAUAUUAACAAAUAUAUUUUCAAAGGUGGUGAUCGAACUACGAUGGUAUUGGGAGAACAUGACGAGAUUCAACAGUACAUUGAUGCGAGGUACAUUGGACCAGCCGAGGCAGUAUGGAGUUUAUUGGAGUACCAGUUACAUGAAGAGAAUCCGAGUGUACAACGGUUAUCCGUGCAUCUACCAAAUAAGCAACGAGUUGUGUAUAAUUCAAAGCGAUCAAUGAGCUCUGUUAUACAAACAGCACAGGAACAUAAGACCGCUUUGAUGGGUUAUUUUGAGUAUUAUGCUAAAAAUCCAACAGCUCCGGCCUAUACUUAUCAAGAGUUCCCGCAGCACUUUGUAUGGAAAAAAGAAACUAAAGAGUGGAAAAUCAGACAACAAGGUUUUUCAAUUGGAAGAAUGCAUUUUGUUAGCCCUAAUGCUGGUGAGUUGUACUACUUACGUAUGUUACUCACAAAUGUAAGAGGUGCCCAGUCUUUUGACGGUUUAAGGACUGUAACUAAUUGA